GUCAUGAUUGCAGAAGGAGUCCUGGGGCACGUUCUGGACACUGUGGCUUCCAUGGGCAGCAUGAGGCACCGAAGGAAUGGCAAUUUUGAGAGCUCCAGGCUCCUCUAUUCCAGCAUGUCUCGCAGCAUAGACGUGGCUUGCAGCGAUGCUGAUUUGGCCAACUUCAUCCAAGAAAACUUUAAGAAGAGAGAAUGUGUCUUUUUUACAAAGGACACCAAGUCCAUGGGCAACUUAUGUAAAUGUGGAUACCCUGAAAAUCAGCACAUAGAGGGCACCCAGGUUAACACCACUGAGAAAUGGAACUACAAGAAGCACACCAAGGAGCUGCCUACUGAUGCCUUUGGGGACAUUCAGUUUGAAAACUUGGGAAAAAGAGGAAAGUACAUCCGCCUGUCGUGUGACACAGACUCUGAGACCCUCUACGACCUCAUGACCCAGCACUGGAACCUGAAGACCCCCAACCUCGUCAUCUCCGUCACCGGCGGCGCCAAGAACUUCGCGCUCAAGCCCCGCAUGCGCAAGAUCUUCAGCAGGCUGAUCUACAUCGCCCAGUCCAAGGGAGCCUGGAUCUUCACCGGGGGAACGCACUACGGGCUGAUGAAGUACAUCGGGGAGGUGGUGAGGGACAACACCAUCAGCCGCAGCUCCGAGGAGAACGUGGUGGCCAUCGGCAUCGCCGCCUGGGGCAUGAUCUCCAACCGGGAAUCGCUCAUCCGCACCGCCACCAGCGACGGGAGCUACUUGGCCCACUACAUCAUGGAUGACCUGAAGAGAGACCCCCUGUACUGCCUGGAUAACAACCACACCCAUCUGCUGCUGGUGGACAACGGCACCCACGGGCACCCCACCACGGAGGCCAAAGUGCGGACCCAGCUGGAGAAGUACAUUUCAGAGAGGGUCAUCCCAGAAUCUAAUUAUGGUGGGAAGAUCCCAAUUGUGUGUUUUGCCCAAGGUGGUGGAAAGGAGACUUUGAAAUCCAUCAACGUGGCCAUCAAGAGCAAGAUCCCGUGUGUGGUGGUGGAGGGCUCGGGGCGCAUCGCUGAUGUCAUUGCCAGCCUGCUGGAGGCCGAGGGCACGCCGGCCUCCUCCUGUGUCAAGGAGAGCCUGCUCAGGUUCCUGCCCCGCACCAUCUCCAGGCUCUCCGAGGAGGAGACGGAGAGCUGGAUCAAGUGGAUCAAAGAAGUCCUUGAGAGCCCUCAUUUACUGACAGUGAUCAAAAUAGAAGAAGCUGGAGAUGAAAUUGUGAGCAAUGCCAUUUCCUUUGCCCUGUACAAAGCUUUCAGCACCAACGAGCACGACAGGGACAACUGGAACGGGCAGCUGAAGCUGCUGCUGGAGUGGAACCAGCUGGACCUGGCCAGCGAUGAGAUCUUCACCAACGACCGAAACUGGGAGUCUGCAGACCUGCAGGAUGUGAUGUUCACAGCCCUGGUGAAGGACAGGCCCAAAUUUGUCCGGCUCUUCCUGGAGAACGGCUUGAAUCUGCGCAAGUUCCUGACCACAGAGGUCCUGAGGGAGCUCUACACCAACAACUUCAGCAGCCUGGUGUUCAAGAACCUGCAGAUUGCCAAGAACUCCUACAACGAUGCCCUCCUCACCUUCGUGUGGAAGAUGGUGGAGGAUUUCCGCAGAGGUUUCAAAAGAUACUACAAGAACAGCAAGGAUGAGAUGGAGAUUCAGCUCUCAGAGGAGUGUCCUAUCACAAGGCACCCAUUGCAAGCUCUGUUUAUUUGGUCAGUUCUUCAGAACAAGAAAGAGUUGUCCAAAGUCAUUUGGGAACAAACCAGAGGCUGCACUUUGGCAGCCCUGGGGGCCAGUAAGCUCCUGAAAAGCAUGGCCAAGGUGAAGAAUGAUAUAAAUGCUGCUGGUGAGUCCGAGGAACUGGCUAACGAGUAUGAGACAAGAGCAGUAGAGCUGUUUACCGAGUGCUACAGCAACGAUGAAGAGCUGGCAGAGCAGCUGCUGACUUAUUCCUGUGAAGCCUGGGGAGGCAGCAACUGCCUGGAGCUGGCAGUGGAGGCCAGGGACCAGCAGUUUAUUGCCCAGCCAGGUGUGCAGAAUUUCCUCUCCAAGCAGUGGUAUGGAGAGAUUUCAAGAGACACAAAGAACUGGAAGAUUAUACUGUGCCUGUUCUUUUUCCCUUUAAUAGGCUGUGGUUUCAUCUCAUUCAGGAAAAAGCCUGUGGAGAAGAGUAAGAAACUCUUCUUGUAUUAUGUGUCUUUCUUCACCUCCCCCUUUGUGGUCUUCUCCUGGAACGUCAUCUUCUACAUCGCUUUCCUGCUGCUCUUCGCCUACGUGCUGCUGAUGGAUUUCCAGAAGGAGCCCACGGCCCUGGAGAUCAUCCUCUACGUGCUGGUCUUCAUUCUGCUUUGUGAUGAAUGGUACAUGAACGGCAGCAAGUAUUUCUCAGACCUGUGGAAUGUUAUGGAUACCCUUGCAAUCUUCUACUUCAUAGCAGGGAUUGUGUUCAGGCUUCACUCUGAUGAAAGCUCUUGGUAUUCCGGGAGAGUAAUUUUCUGUUUGGACUACAUAGUUUUUACCCUGAGGCUCAUCCACAUUUUCACAGUUAGCAGGAAUCUAGGACCCAAAAUUAUUAUGCUGCAGAGGAUGAUGAUAGAUGUCUUCUUCUUCCUCUUCCUCUUUGCUGUGUGGAUGGUGGCCUUUGGUGUGGCCAGGCAAGGCAUCCUGAGGAAGAACGAGCACCGCUGGGAGUGGAUCUUCCGCUCGGUCAUCUAUGAACCCUACCUGGCCAUGUUUGGCCAGUACCCUGAUGAUAUUGAUGGCACCACCUACAACUUUGACCACUGCACCUUUUCUGGGAACGAGUCCAAGCCCCUGUGCGUGGAGCUGGAUGCCAACAACCAGCCCCGCUUCCCCGAGUGGAUCACCAUUCCCCUGGUGUGCAUCUACAUGCUCUCCACCAACAUCCUCCUGGUCAACCUGCUCGUGGCCAUGUUCGGCUACACGGUUGGAUCAGUGCAGGAGAACAAUGACCAGGUGUGGAAGUUCCAGCGGUUUUUCCUGGUGCAGGAAUACUGCAGUCGCCUGACCAUCCCCUUCCCCUUUGUCAUCUUUGCCUACAUAUACAUGGUGCUGAGGAAAUGCUUCAAGUGCUGCUGUAACAAGGAAAGCAAAGAGCCAUCCAUUUGUUGCUCGAGAAAUGAGGACAAUGAAAUCCUGGCAUGGGAAGCUGUCAUGAAGGAAAAUUACCUCGUCAAAAUCAAUACAAAAGCAAAUGAUUCAUCAGAAGAGAUGGUGCAUCGAUUCAGACAGCUGGAUGCAAAGCUCUCUGAUUUGAAAGGCCUUCUGAAAGAGAUUUCCAGUAAAAUUAAAUGAGUGCAGCUGAAAUCCAAGAGCAGCUACUUGAGCAGGGUACCAAUUCAUGAAGAAUAAUUGCUCAGAGCUGGCAGUAACCCCCAAGCAGAUGGCAACAGAGGCACCAGACUAUCAACGUCUCAGCAGGAGUCAGCAGGAUUUUCUUGCUAUUUUUAUCUUCAUUGAUCAAACAGCCCUUUCUGCUUGUUGCAAGGUUGUGGGGAAACAGGAGAUGACUGCUUAUCUCCUGACACGAUUCCUGCAUUACCCAAACUCUUCUCAUCUGCCCUAAUGUCCAGUGGCAGCAAUUAGUCCUAGUAAGCUGCUGUUGCAAAGCACUCCUAUUUCCAAGAGUUCUGCUACUGUUGCCCAAAUCCUUUUGCUUUUCCAUUUCACUCAAAGGGACCUGUGCACGGGUUUCCUUCAAGCACUAAUUGCUUGUCUGAAUGAAUCCAUCUCCCUUCCCAUUCCAUCCUCUAGUAGCUGGAUCUUGCUUGUUCCUUGCAUGGGCUGUCUGUCAGACCUGCUGGGGUCUGGAAUGCUGGUGUGCCAGAAUGCAAUGGAUUUUGGCAUCAUCCCCCUGAGUAAAGCCUUUGGUCCAACCCUGCAUCCCUAUUUCGGACUGUACAGGAACACUGUGGACUUUUUCCCACUCUACCUGAAACCUUUCAGCACUGCAGAAGUUCAGCUAUUACAGCCCCGCAUGGAAGAGACUUUAAUUCAUCUAGGAAGCGAUUCCAAAGGCUUUGUGGGCAAUCCUCGCUUGGUUUCAUUAGUGAAAAUUUGUAUCCUGGGAAUGUUGGAACUCAUUUGACUUUUGCAACCUGUGUUUGCUGAUGUUUCCAUCUGGAAAUGGAGAAGAGAUUGUUGGAACCUUUAAAUAGAGCAAUGCUCGAUAUGG